AUGGCAUUGAACAGAUACGCUAGUCUUGCACUACACACAGCAGGUAUCUAUGCAUUUUUCAUUGUAUUUGGAGUGUUUGGAGAGAAAAUAGCCACAGGCACAUACGCAGGCAGGAGAUACAAGUCAAUACUCUUUCCUAUACUACCUCAAAGUUUCGGAGGAAUCUUAUUUGGGAGAUACAUGAUGAGGAGAUAUUAUAUGGGGAAGAAUGGAGGAAAGAUGUGCAAGCGCUUGAUGCUGAACUACGUGUGUUUGGCACUUUUGAGCAUACUGUCUUUGAGUCUUGGCAUUCUGUCUCUAAAGUAUCUUAGCUAUCCUACGCUUGUGAUAGCAAAGUCAUGCAAACUUGUGCCUAUUGCAUUGAUAAAUAUCCUGGUGUAUAGGCGAAGGAUGAGCUACAGAAAGUGCCUGUCUCUGUGUCUUGUUUCUGUAUGUGUAGUGUUAUUUUCGCUUCUUGAUGGCAGUAAGCGUAGUGGAAGCGGGACGAGUGUGCUUGGAGGGAUGAUUCUUGUUCUAAGUCUAGCAGCUGAUGGGUUUAUUAACUCGCAGCAAGACUAUGCAUUUGCAGAGUUUAAGGUAUCACCGUUUGAUAUGAUGUACUAUACGAAUGUGUUUAGGUUUUUAAUUGCACUUGUACUUGCGUUGAAGUAUAACAGCAUUUGGUACACUAUUGAGUUUGUGAGGGCUGCACCUGCGAUGGGCACUGACCUACUAUUGCAUUCGACAUUUAAUGUGAUUGGACAGAGUGUGGUGUACUCGAUGGUGCAGAAGCAUGGAUCGUUGAAUCUGACGAUGGUGAAUGUCACUCGGAAGAUGUUGUCUAUUUUUGUUUCGUUGGUUGUAUUUGGACACACGGUGAGCAGAAUGCAGAUUGCAUGUGUUGUAGGAGUGGUGGCAUCAAUAGGACUAGAGAUUAUUGAGCCCAAAUCAAAGAAACAGAGUACAGAAGAGAAAGAGAAAAAUGAAUAA